GAAACAUUCGUGACCGGUUUGUCACAAAAAUAAACAUGACUAGAACGUGACAACUUAGCAACGAUUUGCAACAAAAAAUUUGUGGCCCAAGAUAUUUAUAUUAAAUAAUUUAACAAACGUUAGAUACUUUAAAUAACUCAGGAGUUUUAUCCUUUUGGUACUCCUAUAAAUCAACCCUAAAAAUAUAGAACCCAUCGGCAAAUCAAAACAAUGAAUCUCCUUUCAUCCUUUUUUAUUGUCAUUGCAUUGUCUGCUGAGUUCAGUAACGGAGAGUCUUACGACAAAGACUCGGUCCAUUUUAUAAACUCUCUUAAUCCGAACAACAUUCUCAGGGUCCAUUGUCUAACGCACGAUGAUGAUUUAGGCUAUCAUUUGUUGAGUCCUGCACAAACCUAUGAAUUCAGCUUUUAUGAAAGUAUUUUCAAGACCAAAGUCAAUUGCGCCUUAUGGCAGGGACCUGGUUUCAAGUUCUAUGCGACCUUUAGGGCAUAUACAGGUGGUAGUUUCAUUGUCCACUAUGGCAAGAAAAAUUUUUGGGAUGCAAGAGAAGAUGGUAUAUAUAUCUCUCAUGGUAAAGAUUCUCCCAAAUUAAAGUACAAGUGGUCCACCCAAGCCUUUUCACCAAUUUAUUAACUUAAUUGAGACUUUCGAUGUCUUUUUCUUAUAUAUAACAAUAAAUAAAGACCUAUUUAUAAAAAUUUAAUAAAAUGAAUUAAAAAUAGUUA